UAUAGCACCAACUAGUAGUAAACACAAAUAACCAAAGAAGCAAACAAAAGAAUCAAACAAUGGAAGAAAAUUACAUCGAAGUUGUUCUCUACUCCAUUUUCUCUCUCAUCUUCUUGAUUAUCUCUCUCAAGUUCUUGAAACCAAACAAGCAGAACCUUCCUCCAUCACCGCCGGGAUGGUUACCGGUAAUAGGCCACCUUCGGCUCCUAAAGCCGCCUAUCCACUGCACCCUCCGCUCCCUCUCCGAGUCCCUAGAGGGCAGCGGGAUGUCCCUCUGGCUUGGUUCACGCCUAGUCUACGUAGUGUCCUCACAUAAGAUCGCUGAGGAGUGUUUUGGGAAGAACAACGUCGUUUUAGCCAACCAGCCUCAGGUGAUCAUCGGGAAACAUGUUGGGUACAACAAUACAAACAUGAUCGCCGCACCUUACGGUGAUCACUGGCGCAACCUCCGUCAUCUCUGCACCAUCGAGAUCUUUUCCACACACCGCCUUAACUGCUUUCUUUCUGUCCGUACCGACGAAGUUCGCCGCCUCGUAAGCCGCUUGUUUCGUACCGCAGGAACUAAAAAAACAAUUGUGGAAAUGAAACCAAUGCUUAUGGACUUGACAUUCAACAACAUAAUGAGGAUGAUGAUAGGAAAAAGAUACUACGGUGAAGAAACAACCGAUGAGGAAGAAGCAAAACGUGUCCGAAAGUUAGUAGCAGAUGUUGGAUCCAGCACGAGUUCAGGCAAGGCCGUUGACUACGUUCCGAUCUUGAGACUAUUCUCAAACUAUGAGAAAAGGGUUAAAAAGUUAGGAAAAGAGACAGAUAAGUUUUUACAAGGGCUUACUGAUGAUAAACGUGAACAACAAGAAACCGGUAAUACAAUGAUUGAUCAUUUGCUUGUUCUCCCAAAGUCCGAUACUGAGUAUUACACCGAUCAAAUCAUCAAAGGCAUCAUACUGAUUAUGGUAAUAGCAGGGACUAACACAUCAGCUGUCACUCUAGAAUGGGCACUUUCCAAUUUACUUAACCAUCCUGAGGUAAUAUGUAAAGCGAGAAUCGAAAUCGAUAACCGGGUUGGUUUAGACCGGCUUAUUGAAGAAUCUGAUCUCAGCGAGCUCCCAUAUCUCAAGAACAUCAUCCUCGAGACACUCCGGCUACACCCAGGAACACCAUUGCUAGUCCUACACAUGGCGUCAGAGAAUUGUAAGAUGAGGUCUUACGAUAUGCCACGUGGCACAAUGUUGUUGGUGAAUGCAUGGGCCAUACAUAGGGAUCCAAAUAUGUGGGAAGAUCCAGAUAGUUUUAAACCAGAGCGGUUUGAGAAAGAAGAGGAAGCACAAAAACUUAUGGCAUUUGGAUUAGGGAGAAUAGCGUGUCCUGGGUCGGGUCUGGCCCAACGGAUCAUUGGGCUUGCUCUCGGGUCAUUGAUACAAUGUUUUGACUGGGAGAAAGUUGGAGAAGAAGAAGUGGAUAUGAAGGAAGGAGUUGGUAAUACAGUACCUAAAGCGAUUCCGUUGCAAGCCGUUUGUAAAGCUCGUCCAUUUCUGCAUAAGAUUCUCUCUUAAAGUUUUGUUUAAAGGUACAAAUAAAAGAUGUGUUACAUGUUAUAAUAAGUGCAAUAUAUAUAACUCUAUAU